AUGAAGUGUCCACCAACAAAGUACAUACCACCACAUGUAAGAGAGGCCAAGAGCUCACCAACUGGAUCAAAGAAAGUUGAACUAGCACCUUACCUAAGCAAACCUAUUGACAAGCACAACAAAGGUGAGGAGAGGAAUCAAGCCUACAAGAAAAUCCCACCUCCACCUUUCCCAUCUAGGUUUAGGAAUGCAAAGUUAGAUAAUCGAUUUAAAAAGUUUCUUGAUGUAUUUAAGCAAUUGCAUGUAAAUAUCCCUUUCAUAGAUGCCUUAGAACAAAUGCCUUCCUAUGUUAAGUUUUUGAUGGAGAUAUUGUCAAACAAAAGGAGGUGGGAGAAUUAUGGGUUAGUAGCUUUGAGUGAGGAGAGUAGUGCUAAGUUACACCAUAGGAUUCCACCCAAGUUAAAAGAUCCAGGAAGCUUUGAUAUCCCGUGUAACAUUGGACAUUAUAGUUUUAUGGCUCGUUGUGAUUUAGGUGCUAGCAUUAAUUUGAUGCCAUAUAGCAUUUACAAGAAGCUUGGAGUGGGAGAUGUGAAGCCUACCAUAGUGACUCUUCAAAUGGCGGAUCGAAGCAUCAAAAGGCAAAGGGAAUAUUGGAGGACGUACUUGUAA